AAAAAAGUGAGAGAAGAAAAAAAAUUUGGAUUGGAGACAUUUGCACUCCCAAAGGGAUCCUCACCUUUUUUUCUAUGGCUGAUAGCUUCGAAUCUUGCUUUCCCUCGAGAAUCACGAGAUCCUCUUCUCCUUCUACCUCUUUCUCGUAGCUUUCCUCCUUCGUCUUCGUCUUCUCCUCUGUUUUUCUUUUUACCCGAAGCAAUUCGUUAAUCACAACUCAAUCUGGCUCUGAACAACAACAAUAAAGGGAAAAAAAAUGGCUGGUUCAUCGAGCAAGAGAUUUCCUCUCUACGCGAAGGAGUAUGAGCUGUUUGAAGAGGUAGGCGAAGGUGUUAGCGCCACUGUGUACAGAGCACGUUGCAUUGCUCUAAACGAGAAUGUCGCCAUUAAAAUCAUGGAUCUUGAGAAAUGCAGGAACGAUUUGGAAACAAUACGCAAGGAAGUUCACAUUAUGAGCUUAAUCGAUCAUCCGAAUCUCUUGAAAGCGCAUUGCUCUUUCAUCGACCGUAACAGCUUGUGGAUCGUGAUGCCUUACAUGUCAGGUGGAUCAUGCUUUCACCUGAUGAAAUCUGUGUAUCCAGAAGGUCUUGAGCAACCUAUAAUCGCUACUUUGUUAAGAGAAGUUCUCAAGGCUCUUGUUUAUCUCCAUAGACAAGGACACAUCCAUAGAGAUGUUAAGGCUGGGAACAUAUUGGUUCACUCAAGAGGUGUGGUUAAGCUUGGAGACUUUGGAGUUUCUGCAUGCAUGUUUGAUAGUGGUGAAAGGAUGCGUACGAGGAACACUUUCGUUGGAACUCCUUGCUGGAUGGCACCUGAGGUUAUGCAGCAAGUAGACGGAUAUGAUUUCAAAGCAGACAUAUGGUCGUUCGGCAUAACUGCAUUGGAGCUAGCUCAUGGUCAUGCCCCAUUUUCGAAAUAUCCACCUAUGAAGGUGCUAUUAAUGACAUUACAAAAUGCUCCCCCAAGACUUGACUAUGACAGAGAUAAGAAGUUCUCAAAGUCGUUUAGAGAGUUAAUCGCAGCUUGUUUAGUUAAAGAUCCCAAAAAGCGUCCAACUUCAGCAAAACUUCUGAAGCACCCGUUCUUCAAACAUGCUCGGUCUACAGAUUACUUGUCCCGUAAAAUUCUUCAUGGUCUUUCUCCACUUGGUGAACGUUUUAAAAAGCUGAAGGAAUCAGAGGCUGAGUUGUUUAAAGGUAUAAAUGGUGACAAAGAACAGUUAUCUCAGCACGAAUAUAUGCGAGGAAUAAGUGCUUGGAACUUUGAUCUUGAGGACUUGAGGAAGCAGGCAUCACUUAAUCCAGAUGAUGAAAUGCGCAGCUCAGAGAUUCAGGAACUGAACGGUAAUAUCGAGCUUGAUGUACCAAAAAGAAGGCCAAUGGUACAAAGGUCAAAGACUAUGUCUUUGGAGAUGUUCAAGAUAUCAGAUCAGGCAAGUGAUUUGAUGAGUGCGAGUCACAGUCUAACAAGUGGUGCAAUACUUCCUUCAUUUCAUCGCAGGUUCCUCCCGGCUAUUGGAUAUCAAGUGGCCAUCCUUUCUAAUGAAAACAAUGCAAGUUUCUCAAGCCAAGGAGCUGCAAAGACACUCCCUCUCGAAGAGCCACUUCGAGUAGAACCACUAGCGGAUACUAAGAAGACGCUCGUUCAUGAAGAGCCACAUCGAUUAGAACCAUUAGCGGAUUCCAAGAAGACGCUCGCUCUUGAAGAGCCACACCAAGUAGAACCACUAGCGGAUACGAAGCAAACGGAAAAAGAAGGAAGUGAGCAGGAGAAACCAAAAAAUGGAUACAGAGUUUGUCCUGUGAACCGUACGUCUUGCACUGAAAUCCUCCCAUUGUUACAGAGUCUCCUGGUUCAGAAUGACAUUCAGAGGGAGAAAGUACUCAGAUUAAUAAGAUUUUUUGAUCGAACUGCUGAAAAUGAAAAUCAAAUCUCAAAAACCCAAGGAGUGCAGUUAUAUCCAUCAAGGGAGACAGAAUUACAAUCUCAGGUUAAUUUUUUAGAGCAAAGUGUUGAGAUUCUUGUAGAGGAACUGAAGAGAAAACAAGAAAUAAAUAGUCAGCUAGAAGGACAGAUCAGAUCUCUAACAAGCAGCAACAAUAGCGUUCUUUAAGCUUAGCCACGCUCUUCUUUCGUCUCUUCCAAUUCUUUUGUGUAUUCAAUAAUUUAUUAUCAACCCUUAAUCAUGAUUUUGCAGAAUCACUCUUUUUUAGCCAUUAAUCCACAUAUUCAUUCCUAUAAUCAGAUCAUCAGGUGUAACAAAAGCAAACAAUGGGGGUCAUUGGACCAUUUAACAAGUCUAUAUAAAAGUGAUUUUUUUUACGAAAUCUGAUUGAUAAACCUUUACAUACGGUAACUAUAUAUUUUCCCCAUAAGCAAUAAAAGUAAAAAUGAAAGUCUAUUUUUUUUGGGUGAUUUUGAGUGAUUUCAAUUCAACAAUCUAUAUUAUAUAUACUAUAUACUAUGUGUGUAAACGUGUUUCAACCUACUCCAUUAUGCAUCAUCUCCAUCAGCUGCUGCUUAACUUUGGGCUGAUUUGGUAAAUCUCUGACGUCAAUUUAUCUGAUUCUUGAUUAUAUCUAAAAGAAGUUCGUCUCCAACCACUUCCCUCAUCUUCCUAACUAGCUCCUCUCUCCUCACCUUCCGAAAAUCAUCGUAAGUCGUCAAGAUCACAUUAAUUCUUGGAGGGUCGAGUGACUUUGAAAGUAUGGAUAUGAGUAGAGAGAGACUAACACAUGGAGACCUUGCUCUUCCCAAAACGACACCGCCUCUACGGAGACCUCUAAGAAGAGGAGAUCUGAAACUCACGACAUGGCUCGGGAGGAUAUAAGAGUUCAUGGAAGAGCUCCAUAUCACAUACUUUCUCGGAUUCUCAAGAUUAUCCACACCUGAAUCAAACUGGCUCGAGCUUGGGUACGAUUGCUUAGACCCAGAGCUGAUUUGCUCAGCUUUCCCAAGAAUCAAACGGCACAAGAGAAGAUGCUUAACCCCUUCCUCAUCAGAUUCAACAUCUACACCCGCAGCGAGUGAGUAUGUAUGAUGAAAAAGAUGGAUCCCGACGCCGUGAGAUCCGUCGUCGCUCUCGGAUCUGUUAACCUCGCGGCUGCUAAACCCGUACGAGACGAUGCCGUCGAUCUCCUCCUUCGAGCCGGAGUACCAUCCGUACCUCACGUUGGCGUCUCCGCCAUUUUUCCUCUUCAUGGCUUCCGUGAAGACGAUAGACGCCGCGAAUCUCGCCUUCGCCGUGACUCCCUGCGUCGAGUUCUUACGCACCGCGACGAUCGUGGUUUGGUUCGCGAAAGGACCCAUCCCGGAGAGGAAACAGUUCCUGACGGCGCCGUACUCGGGGUUUUCUUCGCUGAGAAGAACCGUCGAGUCUAGGGUUAAGUCUCCGGCGAGGUGAGGAGGAGACAGCCCGGAAUCGGCGUUAUCGGAGAAGGAAUCGAUGAUUUCUCCAUUAUCUAAACUGGUAAAAGACUCUUGGUCCUCGAUUUCCACCUGCGCCGCCAUUAUUAGAGAGAGAGAGGAGAGAAGGUUUCUUGGAGAAAGAGGUGAAGAAAAGUUUGUUUCAAUGGCGGUUUUGAUGAGCAUAUACAGUUAUAGGUGGGAGAGAAAGAGAGAGAGAGGGGUUUUAG